UUCCAGAGCAGUGCAACCCCAGCCCUUCCGCUGCCUUGACAGCUCGGCUGAGGCUGGUGCGUUGCAUUCCUGCCUGGCAGAUGGCCUGGAUGCAGCUGGUAGAGGGACCGAAGCUCCUGCUGUUGCGGGUAAUGGGGGUCCCUGCCUUUGCAGCGUACCUGCCGUGGUGAGGGUGAAGAAAGCUGCAGGCAGUGGUUGUAUGCCUUGGGAAGCCACAAGGAGUCUCCGCUUCGUGAGUGGAAAAGGAGCCUCGUGGAAUGCUCAGUACAGGCUGACAGCAUCCAGUAAUGAAGUUAACUUUAUAACAUCCGCAGCAGCUUGCAUCCUGGUGGUAGAGCACAGAGGCUGCUGGAAUCCGAGUGCUGGAGCAGCGCGCAUUCAGUGAGACAGUGAACGGAGCAUCCGUGGAAAGGUAUCUGAAUUCCCUUAUGAGAAGUGUCUUCCCUGCCUCUCAUGUGAAGCCUUACCUGUCCAUGGGUAGCACCAGCUUAACUGAUGCCCUGAAGAGCAUUCCCCACCAUGGAUAGUCCACCCAAACUGACUGGCGAGACGCUGAUUGUCCAUCACAUUCCCCUGGUCCAUUGCCAGGUCCCUGACAGACAGUGCUGCUCCAUGAGCAAAAGGACCAACCCCUUCUGCCAGCCAGAGCUCAGCGUGACUCGGACCUCUGCCCUUCCAGACAGAGACCUCUCACAGACUGACUCCUUGGUCUACAGCAGCUUCCUCCACACCUCCGAAACCUCAGCAGAUGCCUCGGACAACAAAGAAGGCAAAGGGAGGGAUCUGAUUGUCCCUAGUGUCAGUAAGAGACACAACCCUUUCUUGCUGACUGAGGGUGAAGACCUCGGUGUAUUUGGGGAUGACUUGGGCCAAAAAUCUUUCCACCUUCACAACUCACUUGUGGCCGGCAAACCUCCCUUUCAUCUGCACGAGCUGGCCUUGCCCCCUUUCCACCUCCACGACUCCAACAACAUUGUGAAAUCCUGGAACAUGGCCAGCCGGUCCGGUGUGGUGGACGGGCAAGAGGACAAAAUCAGCAGUGAUGACAUCCAGAAGAGGAACAACGCGAACAGAUGCCACCAGACCUCCGAACGCAUGGACCUGGAUGACUGCAGCUGCCAUCGUGGCAGCUCCUCCAGCUUCUCCUUUGAUGGUGGUGACCAGGAGUGGAACCAGAACACAGGUGAACCCCUGAGGAAUCAGGAUGCUCUGCACAGCCGGACAUGCAGCUGCUCCAGCUCGGAGCUCCCGCACUGUCGUUGCUACAGUUCAUCAAGUCAGUCUGAAGUGAUUGACCAGCAGAUGGGCUACAUCAGUGACUCCUCCUGCAACAGCUCAGAUGGGGUGCUGGUGAACUUCAGUGCUCUCUACAACAAAAUGAAUGGCCAGUCUCAAUCCAACCUGAAUUCAGCCAACCUGUCCUGUGACUCUUCCUUCUGCAGCCACUCAGACACAGGGGCUUUUUACCUGGAUUUGCAUUCAUCACCCACAGAAUCCAAGAUGUCUUGCGAGUCGCAUAACCCAGAGAGUUCAGGGAAGGCAUGUGGGUGUCAGCACUCCUCCUCACCCGUUCUUGAUGCUAACUGCAACUCCUACCAUCUCCACUGUGAGCCUUGCACUUCAGAGAGCUCGGACCUCACUGCCUGCUUCCAGAGCCAAGCACGGCUCGUUGUGGCUACUCAGAAUUAUUACAAGUUAGUCACGUGUGACUUGUCUUCCCAGUCAUCCCCCAGCCCGGCAGGAUCUUCCAUAACUAGUUGCUCGGAAGACCAUACCAAAGGUAGCCCAGCCCAGGCCACUGAAUACUACCUGUUUAGAAGGCCUGACUUGACUCAAGAAGAGGGCAAUGUGGAGUGCGGUGAAGAAGAGGCGAAGGGAGAAUCCACCCAGAACAUGAUUGAGGGUCAGGUGUAUGUGAAUGUGUCACCACCUAACCUCAACACAAGCCGGCAGCGCUCCAGGAGCUAUGAUCAGAACCUGGACAGGAGUCCCAGCGGCAGGCUGGGCUCCUUGGAGCGCAUGGUGAGCUGUCCGGUCAAGCUGAGUGAAAGCCCAGCAAUCCCCAUCCAGAGCUCUCCCCCAAAGAGAGUGACGUCUUUUGCUGAACUAGCUAAAGGCCGGAAAAAGAAUGGCACCUCCCCACCGCUCCGGUCCAGUGGUGAUUCCUCCUUGGAGUUCUCACCUAUCCCUGAGACACAGCGGGAUUGCCCAUCCUUCCUUGAAGAAAGAGCUCGCCGCAGCCAGAGUCUUCCACCCAUGUCCUUCAUCCAUGGCCUGAAUCGGAGCUGUGAGGGCUUCUGUUUGAACCAUGCUUUCGGGGACACCCAGGCUUUGUGUUCCACCAAAGACUCGGUCUCCGGUGAGAAGGUCCCCAGUGGGCACGGGGCAGGUGAGCAAGCCUCUCUCUCCCUGCUGAUGGAAGCAGAUGCCAGCUUCUCAGGUGGCUCUGUCGGUGGCCACGGACAAAGAGAUGUUAGAGCCCGAGCAGACGGUGGUGGCACAGACAGCAAGCCCGUGGUGCGCUACAGCAAGGACCAGCGUCCCACGACUCUGCCCAUCCAGCCCUUUGUUUUCCAGCACCAUUUCAACAAGCCACCCAAGGCCCGUGCCCUGCACAGCCAUUUUGCUUCCAGCCUUUCCCAGCUCUACAGCUUGUCCAGCAACCGGCCUGCCAGCCAGCAGAUCUCCUCCAAUGCCCAGUGCUCAGCCUCGACCACCUCGGCAGAGCAGGCAGCAGGGUCGGGGAGCCAAGCCCACAGCACGCUGCUGACCCAGCGCUCGGUGGAUGGAGCUGCAUCCCGCAAUGACAGCAGCAUUAAGAAGCCUGCCCCCGAGACAACCCGGCCGUCCCCCCUGGGCAGUUACUCUCCUGUGCGAUGCAACGUGCCUUUCUUUCAGAGCGUGGACUCCUCUUCCUCACCCACCUUGGAGAGAGAUGAAGAGACCCAGCCUCCCAGGAGCAGGUCCUGCCCCAUCUCGGCCAGCCUGCUUCCCACAAGGUCUUCCCCUGCUGUCAGUGCCAUGCAGCCCUCCCAAGCCACCAAAGCUGAUGCUCUGAGGAGAAAGGAGAACCCCAAGCUGGUUCCCAAGAAGGAGGCAGUGAUGGAGCCAAGCCUACCGCUCUCUGAGUACCGACUCCACAGUGGGUCCCUCCCACCCCUCUCAGGGGGUGGUAUGAGCAGGGCAGGAGGCCAUGCAGAUCCCCACUGGAGAAGUGGCAGUGAGACUGGCAGUUCUGGUCCCUUGAGCAGCAUGGGCAUACGGCCUGUCAAUGCGAACCACCUCUCUCCCCAAGCACUGAAGUGGCGCGAGUACAGGCGGAGGAACCCCCUGGGUCUGGACCGCGUUUCGGGGCUCCCCAGCUUAGGAGGCAGCCUUGACAGGAGGCAGCAAGAGCCUCGGCUGAACCGGGGGAACCCCAUCUUUGAGCUCCCUGGCUCUCUGAACAACAGCCACUUCCACUGCAAGCUGAACGGACAGUCUAUGAAGCAACUCCAGCUCACCUACACUGACUUCUUCCCUGACUACUUCUCACUAGCAGAGAAACCCCCAGCAGAGUUCUGCCUCUCCCCAGAUGGCAACACAGAGUCCAUCUCCAUUGACUUGCUGCAGAAGAAGGGUCUGGUGAAGGCCAUCAACACCGCUGUUGACCUGAUUGUGGCUCACUUUGGAACCAGCAGGGAUCCAGGGGUGAAGGCCAAGCUUGGGAACAGCUCUGUGAGCCCCAACGUGGGACAUCUCAUCCUGAAAUACCUGUGUCCUGCUGUCCGGGACAUUCUAAGUGAUGGACUCAAGGCUUAUGUCCUAGACAUGAUCAUUGGCCAAAGGAGGAACAUCCCCUGGAGCGUGGUGGAGGCAUCCACCCAGCUAGGCCCCUCUACGAAGCUGCUGCACAGCCUCUAUAGCAAGAUCAGCCAGUACACGGAGCUCACCAACCACAGCAUGAGGUUCAACGCAUUCAUCUUUGGCCUUCUCAAUAUCCGGUCCUUGGAGUUCUGGUUCAACCACCUCUACAACCACGAAGAUAUCAUCCUGGCACACUACCAGCCCGUGGGCUUCUUGUGCCUGUCUCACAGCGUGUGCCAGCCUCUUUUCGAGGAGCUCCUGCUCCUGCUCCAGCCUCUCUCCCUGCUGCCCUUCAACCUAGACCUGCUUUUCGAGCACCACCUGAUGCAGAUGGGCAAAGAGCAGCAGCAGCAGAAGGAGCUGCUGCGCGUGAAGCAGGACCUGCUGCUUUCUGCACACUCCACAUUGCAGCUGAUGCGGACACGGGGCAGCAGCGAGGAUCCGGAUGGAUGCAGCACUGCCCCUGAAGCAUGCAAAGUGGGUACCAGGGAUGGUGACACCUCCCCAGGCCACAGCCCCCAGCAAGCUGCAAAAGAGAGGGUCAAGGGGGUAGGGGCCUCCUGCGGGGAUGGUGACAGGGAAGAAGAGAGGAAGAAGAUGCGAGAGAGCACGAAGAUGCGAGACAGCACAUGGGAGGGGAAGAAGGACAAGCAGGCGGGCUGGUGGUACCAGCUCAUGCAGAGCUCUCAGAUUUACAUCGAGGGCUCAGCUGAAGGCUCAAAGUUCAUCCGGUAUGAGAAGAAAAAGAAGGCUUUGAGCACUGUGCCCAGGUCAGCAGAAACCCACAAGGCACCACCUCCCCGUGAAGGGGUGGUGGAGGGUGCAGAGGCUUGUCCCAUUGCUGAGGGCAGCUUGGAGGAGAGACCCAAGGCUGCCAACAAGCCAAGUCCUGAAGUUGUGGAAGAACCCUUGGAAAAGCCCCAGCAAAUACCAGUAAGUGAAGAGGUGAAGGAAUGGAGCUGGCCCUUCUGGAUGGGCAGCCCCCCAGACUCGGUGGUUACAGAGCUGAAACGCAGCAAGGAGAAGGAGGCUGGGACUCAGCAAAGAGUGGGAGCAGCAGCAGCAGCCCCCCAAGAGGAGAGCAGCCCCAGUGCAUCAGAGAGCAGCCAGCCCAUCAAGUGGGGGCACUUGUUUGGGUCCAGGAAGGUGCAAAAAGAGCCCAGGCAGGCUAACAGGUUGCCCUCUGGCUGGCUGAGCUUGGACAAGUCCGUGUUCCAGCUGGUAGCCCAGACUGUUGGGGCAAGCAUGUGGCGAGAAGCAGCUCCUGAGCCGGAGCCCCCUCAGCCAGAGCCAUCUGAAGAGACCCCCAAGGCACGGCCGGCCCAGGGGCUGGUUCCUCACUCUGCCUGCAAGGUGAAAGCUCUUUGCCAUCACAUUGCCACCGAGGCAGGACAGUUGAGCUUCAACAAAGGGGAUAUCCUGCAGGUCAUCUCCAAGGUGGAUGGUGACUGGCUGCAGUGCAGUCUCGGCUCUGAGGAGGGACUCGUGCCCAUCAUGUAUGUCACUCACCCGGAGGAUGAAGACUAUUAACGUGGCUGGGGGCCAAGCACAGUACCAGGGGCAGCUUAGGCUCCGCUGGGAAAGCCCACCCUGCUUAGGGGAACAGACACAGCUUCUUGCUAGUUUCUUACCUUUCAUGCCAUUACAGAAUACAGUAACCAUAGGUGGUUCCUUCUUGCUCCUCCUCAUGCAGCUGCCAAAGGCCACUCGGCCCCCAGGGUCUUCUGCAAGCUGCACCUUGUAUUGCCAGGCAUUGCCGUGCAUGCAACCACAUCGGGGACCACCUGAACCCCCUCCACCCCACACCAUCUCCUGCACCCAUAGGCCAUGGACUCGUACAUAGCAGGAACCCAAGCAGAUCCUUCCGGACCAGCACCCCAGCUCAGAUUCAUGCUGGGGGGUACAGGAUGCUGACUGUCCCCUCCCUGGGGGUAGCAGUGCAGUCUGCAGCUGUCAGCAUCCCUGGCAUCAUCAGCCAUAGGGUUGGGAGCACUGUGUGUUGGCAAGGUCUUCGCAAGUCUGGGCUGAUGGGUCGCACAGCGGCUUGAUUAGGGGCUGCAAGGGAGGCUCCCCCACACUGAAGCAGCCCUGUCCUAACAUGUUAUAGUGGUUCCUGCUGCGUUGUACCUGGCCAAGUGGCCUGGCACUGCCACACUGCAAGGCUGUGCCUGGCCUGGGGAUAGGGACGGGGUACAAGUGUGCGUGCAGAGCAAAGGGUGCGUUGAGUCCCGAGGAAGGAGCAUGGAUGUUCAGUAUUAUGUAGGUCUGGGAUGGGUAGUGCCACCCUGUGUGGAGAUGGGUGCUGUGGGGGGUGGUCCUGUGCCCUCCACGCUGAGCAGGAAGCCUGGGAUGCCCUGGGAUGCUCAG